CCUGCUUCAAAUGUGUGUUCAAGAGUUAACAUGAGGACUCUGGCCUCACCUUUGGGGGAUCCGGGAAUUUGAGACAAAGCUGCAGUGAGGUUAUCUCUGGAAAGAGGAAGUAGGAGGGGCUUAUCUUCAUAAUUCCAGCUGAGAGCUGGUGCCCGCCAACAGGAAAGUUUUUUUUUCCUUUUUUAACUUCUUAAAUUACAAUUUAUCGGCUGUCUGGUCAUGGAGGAACGUACAAAUAGGAGAGGAUUCAAAUAUCAUGCUGUAGCAGGUCGCCAUCUGAAGCUGAACGAGUUGAAAGAAGUAGCCAGAACCAGUGGUGUUCAUAAUAACUACCUCUUCAAAGAAGACAUCCUGGACUACCCCCGGCCUGAGUUUCAUGUGUGUCGUCUGAGCCAUGACACAGACGGAGAUGGAUUAUGGGGCAUCAGAAGGGAGGAGGGCUUCAUGAAUCUCUGGGGUGAAGGCUUUGUGUGGUGGAGUUUGGACGUGGGUCCAGAGGAGAGAGCCUCAGCUGAGAGGAGACUCCUGGAGACCACCUACCCAGAUCGGACUGAGGAGCAGAUCCAGAUGCAGCAGAGCUUGCUGUCUAAGUUCGCCUCUUCCCCGGUCCUCCUGAGCAGUUCCAGACUGGGCUCAUUCCGCUUCACCUUCCCCCUGAAGGAGGUGAUCAGAGCCUACAAGGAGCAGUUCUGUGGAGGAGCUGAGCCCGAGAUGCGAGUGUUUGAGACCCACCUCUACAGACAGGAAGUGAUGUAUGCUGUCCUGGUCCACAGCCCAGCCAAUCAGGAACAGUUCAACAAGUAUCCGUUACUGACAGAGGACCCGGACGCAGUCUGCUGUUACAGAGACGGUUACUUCCUGUGGAGACCUGAGGCGAUGUGUGAGACACACGAAUAUGAAUUGGUCCGUAGGGAUAGUCUGAAACAGUUGGAAGCGAGGCGCUGCUGUGGGAAGCCCCGGUUUUAUGUCUGGGAUAAUGUCACCAUCGCCUUCCAUGUGGAUGAUCAGGUUCUGAGGUUUAACGUGGUCCGCCUGAGAAACAGUCUGUCGUUUUGUGAGAGAGGAUCCGUUGUGACCAACCGUGAAACCGUUUUUCAUGACUACCCGACAGCAGAUCAGAUCGUGGGCCAAUUAUGGCCUGACUGUCCGUAUCCACUGUGGCGAGGUGAAGAGCAAGAAGAAACUGCCACCGGUCAUCAAGAUGUUUAUUAUCCACACAGGCCCUUUAUGUUCCCGUAUCCUCAAUAUUAACCAUCUCUCUGUGGAAGUUUCCCUAGUUGAUCCAAGGCUGAUGGGCAUACUCUAAAAUCUUCACUGUUUCCUUCACUGUUAAGGCUUCUCAAACAUUCAUGAAUGAAUGAACUAUUUCAUUGUUUCGUUUUUGGCUUGUUGCUGUCAGUGAGACAAAAAAGUCAAACUUUUAGAUAUGUGAAAAACUGGAAAACUUCAGUUUUAUAGAGGUAUAUUUAUGAGAUACUCCACCAAAAAGACUCUAUUGUGACAUUUUUUUUUAAUUUGUGCAAAAACAUUACAAGAAAGUAGUGACAGAAUAGUGAACAAGGAACACAAAACAUCAAAACAAGACAAUGACAUACUACAGUAGCAUGUUGGUGAGGUAGAAUAUCAUGUUUGGAGGCAUUUGAUCAGGAGUUUUUUGUGUGUGUGAGUGUGUGUGUGUGUG